AAAAUGGCAGAUAUAGAAUAUCUUCGUAGUCUUAUCAAAGAGAUACCAGAUUUCCCUCAAGAGGGUAUCUUAUUUAGAGAUAUCUUUCCAAUUUUUCAAGAUCCAAAAGCAACUGAAAUGCUUGUAAGCCAUAUCGUAAAUCAUAUUAAUACAACUAUUAAGGAAAAGAUUGAUGUCAUUGUUGGUCUUGAUGCUCGAGGAUUCUUAUUUGGGCCUAUGGUUGCAUUAAAGUUAAAUGCUGCUUUUGUACCUUCUAGAAAAAAAGGAAAAUUACCGGGAAAAACAUUUAGCGCUGAUUUUAAAAAGGAAUACGGUGUG